CCGCGGAACUCCAGUCCCUGCAGAUGAUCUGGAGGAAAUGUAAUGAAGACAGGUUUUAAGCCAAUAAUCAUACGUUAGCAAGCAACUAGCUAGCAUUUCACAGGUAAAAAUUAGAACGUGUGGAUUUAAAGCACACAUUGAAGAGCUGCUGAAUCACCAUCUCUGGAAAAUGGAUCCAGGAUACUAAUUACAUCUCGCUAUUUGAAAUACGUGUCAAUUCAUCUCCUCACUGGCUUUCUUUAUACCACCAGCAACAUACCAGGCCGACGACGACAGCUAGCUAGCGGGUAUUGCUAGCCACCUAGCUAACAUACUGCUAGCUACUGGUUUCCCCAUUAUUUUCUCAGAUGUCCACAAUGACCACUAAGGUCCUGCAUGCUCCUCCCACACCUAGCCCUGCCUCUUCGUGAUUGAACAGCUGCUGACUGACCAGAGAGGUGAUAUAUGUCUGUGUUGCCAUGACCUAAAGAGAUCAUCAAUCAAAGAUGGAGAAAAAGAAAAUGUGCCCCCGUCUGCUGGACUACCUGGUGGUGGUCGGAGCCAGGCAGCCCAGCACUGACAGCGGGUCCCAGACCCCCCAGCUCCUCCGCCGCUACCCGCUGGAGGACCACCCGGACUUCCCUCUGUCCCCGGACGUGGUCUUCUUCUGUCAGCCUGAGGGAUGCCAGAGCAUCCGGCAGCGCCGGGUCAGCCUGCGAGACGACGCCUCCUUCGUCUUCGCACUCACUGACAAAGACUCGGGCAUCACGCGCUACGGUAUCUGCGUCAACUUCUACCGCUCCUUCCAGCGAGGGGGGCACCGCCGCGACAAGGUGGGUAGCGGUGAAACCGGCGGCGCAGACAGCGAAGCGACCAGCGAGAGUUCCGAUGGCAGCGGUGGCUGCCCCACUGCCUCCACGUUGCCGACACCUGCCAGUGCCGACACAACAGCCACAUCUGCGCCAAGCAUGGAGCCGGGACCGCCCGGUGGCGAGCCAAAUGCUGGCAGGUCCCCUCGGCACAAACGCAGCACUGCCAAGAUGGUCAAUCGGAACCGCGACAGCACGCUGACCUCGCUGUGCAUGAUCAGCCACUACCCCUUCUUCUCCACCUUCAGGGAGUGCCUGUACAUCCUCAAGAGAAUGGUGGACUGCUGCAGCCACAGGUUGACCCAGCGUGCCGGCCUGCCACGCGGAACUCAGAGGGACACCAUGUGGCGCGUGUUCACGGGGGCCCUGUUGGUGGAGGAGAAGGGCAGCCAGCUGCUGGCUGACCUGCGGGAGAUCGAGUCCUGGGUCUACCGCCUCCUGCGCUCCCCGGUGCCCGUGGCGGGCCAACGGCGCGUAGAUGUGGAGGUGCUGCCCCACGAGAUGCAGCCGGCACUCACCUUCGCCCUGCCCGACAACUCUCGCUUCUCCAUGGUGGACUUCCCCCUGCACCUGCCCCUGGAGUUGCUGGGUGUGGACGCCUGCCUCAUGGUGCUCAGCUGCAUCCUGCUGGAGCACAAGGUAGUCCUCCAGUCGCGGGACUACAAUGCCCUGACCAUGAGUGUCAUGGCGUUUGUAGCCAUGAUCUACCCCCUGGAGUACAUGUUCCCGGUCAUUCCCCUACUGCCCACCUGCAUGGCCUCCGCUGAACAGCUUCUCCUCGCCCCCACCCCUUACAUCAUAGGUGUGCCUGCCAGCUUCUUCCUCUACAAAUCAGAUUUCAAAAUGCCUGACGACGUGUGGCUCGUGGACCUGGACUGUAACAAGGUCAAAGCACCCACCAAUGCAGAGCACCUACCCCCUCUUCCCGAGCCAGAAUCCACAGAACUCAAGAAACACCUGAAACAGUGUCUGGUUAGGUUGACCGUGAUCACCCAAAAGCAGAUCUUCUCCUCUGACAAUAAGGCCCUGGCCAGCAUGAGUCUCAACACCCAGCCCAUUCUGAACCUGGAGAAGUUCCAGGAGGGCCAGGAGUUACCUCUGCUCCCCCCCGGCCAGAACAAGGCGUCGCCCUCCUCCACCGAGUUCAACCCCCUCAUCUACGGCAACGACGUGGACUCUGUGGAUGUGGCCACCAGGGUUGCCAUGGUUCGGUUCUUCAACUCCCCCAACGUGCUCCAGGGUUUCCAGAUGCACACACGCACGCUGCGCCUCUUCCCCCGGCCUGUGGUGGCAUUUCAGGCCACGUCCUUCCUGGCUUCGCGGCCCCGCCGCUCAGGCUUCGCUGAGAAGCUGUCGCACACCCAGGCCGUGGAGUACUAUGGCGAGUGGGCCCUCAACCCCACCAACCUGGCCUUUCAGAGGAUCCACAACAACGUGUAUGACCCAUCUUUGAUCGGAGACAAGGGCAAGUGGUACGCCCACCAGCUGCAGCCAGUGUUCUACCGCGUGUAUGACGGCAGCUCCCAGCUGGCCGAGGCUAUGAGCGGACCCCUAGAGGAUGAGGCCAACGACUCGGACCCCACAGACGACAGUGCGGCCGACGGAGACAUUGCAGCAGAAGCAGCAGCAUGCAGUGACAGCGAGGCUGGCUACGAUGACUCCAGCUCAUCCUACUCGUCACUUGGAGACUUGGUGAGCGAAAUGAUCAAAUGUGACAUCCAAGGGGACACGCCAAACCUGGAUCCCCCUACCCACGCUGCACUGGGAGACGCCAGCGAGGUGGAGUUCCAGGACUUCCAGGAGUUCAAGGGAGGAGAGGGUCCCCUCCCCGAAGAGAAGGCACUGCCCGAGGGGGGCGACGGAGCUCCUGAACCUCUUGAUGGACAAGCCCUCCGCUCGAGCUCCAGCACAACCGCCAGCUCCAGCCCAAGCACAAUCAUCCAGGGAGUCAACAAUGAGCAGGCAGAACCAGUGGAAAUGGAGGCGUUGGCCAGUGCAGCUCUACAGAACUCUGUCCCGGGAUUGGGUGCGCCGCCCUUCUCCAGACUUCCCCCAGACGCCGACCCGGUGGGACAAGCCAAUAAGAAGGGCGAGUACGACAACCCCUACUUUGAGCCUCAGUAUGGCUUCCCUGCUGAGGAGGACACUGAGGCAGAAGACCAAGAGGAGACGUACACGCCCCGGUUCAACCAGAACCUCAAUGGCAAGAAAGCCCAACGCCCCCUGAGGCCCAGCAGCCUAAAGCUGCCUGGAGAGUCGGACGGAGAGGGCGACUCCCGCAACAGUUCUCCAAUCUCCAACAACAGCAGCGAUGGCUUUGGGGGCCUCAUGUCCUUUGCUAGCAAUCUAUACAAGAACCACGGCACCAGCUUCAGCCUCUCCAACCUGUCUGUACCCAACAAGGGUGGCCUGAGGGAGAAGGCCGCUGGGACUGGGCCCUUCCCCAAUCUAAAAGAAUAUUUUAAUUUUGACGUAGAGGAGGAAAUUGAGGAAGUAUUUGGACUAAAUUCUCUAAUGGAGAUAAUUACAGAGGCCGGCCCGGGGAGCGGAGAAGGAGGAGCCCGCGGUCCCCCCAGGGCCCUCGUUGACCAGAAGUCGUCAGUCAUUAAGCACAGUCCCACGGUCAAGAGAGAGUCCCCCUCGCCCCAGGGUCGUGCCAACAACACCAGUGAGAACCAGCAGUUCCUGAAGGAGGUGGUGCAGAGUGUGCUGGAGGGCCAAGGCGUGGGCUGGCUCAACAUGAAGAAGGUGCGCCGCCUGCUGGAGAACGAGCAGCUGCGCGUCUUCGUGCUGAGCAAGCUGAACCGGACCGUCCAGUCAGAGGAGGAUAUCAGGCAGGAGGUCAUCCGUGAUGUGGAGAUUAGCAGGAAGGUGUACAAGGGCAUGUUAGACAUACUGAAGUGCACCGUUUCUAGUCUGGAACACUCGUACACCAAUGCCGGGCUUGGAGGCAUGGCCAGCGUCUUCGUUCUGCUGGAAAUAGCACGCACCCACUACCAAACCAAAGUAGACCCAGAGAAGCGCAAGCGGAGCCCCAGUGACGCUGCAAGCAGCCCGGGCAGCAAGGAGAGCCCGUCUGCCCGCAUGGAGGGCACCAGGCCCCCGGGGCUCCUCCUGGUGCCCCGUCUCCAACUGCCGCACCCCACCUCGGGGGGCAAAGGCACCCACCACUUUGACACCCGGAGUCUGAACGAGGAGAAUUUUAUUGCCUCCAUUGAAUUGUGGAGCAGGCACCAUGAAAAGGAUAAGCAAAAAGCUAUGGAAAAACAACAGAGAGCGGAGGGGGCUAAGAAACAGCACCCUGAGCUGACUGACACGGAGGAGAAGAAGUCCCAGAUCAGUGCUGACAGUGGCCUCGGCGUCAACUCCGGAUCCCAGAAGAGUGACACCGAGUCCGUGAGCAGCACUGAACCGCCAGUCCUUACCAGAAGCACCAGCCAGGACUCAGAGGCCAGCACAGUGCCUGGCACAAUGGCUCUUGCCAAAACCAUAAGUAACAGCUCAGGGGAGACGCUGGGAGCUGACAGUGACUUGAGUAGCACCGCUGGGGAGGGCUUGGGUGGCAGGCAAGCCCCCCACCUCAACUUCUCCAGGGGAACACUGUCCGACAGCGAGAUUGAGACCAACCCGGCCACCAGCUCAGUGUUUGGUAAGACCCAAAAGAUGAAGCCUGGUGUGAAGGAGACGAAGUCUAAACUUGUGCCUGUCGUGGCUAAGGGGCCUCCCGCCCAGCCCUUGGAGGACAUCAGCAUGAGGAUUUACCUAUGUGAUGGCCUGCUGGGGCGCGACAAGAGCUCCAUGUGGGACCAGCUGGAGGAUGCUGCCAUGGAAACCUUCUCUCUGAGUAAGGAGCGCUCUACACUGUGGGACCAGGUCCAGUUCUGGGAGGAUGCUUACUUGGAUGCUGUCAUGUUGGAGAGGGAGGGGAUGGGCAUGGACCAGGGACCUCAGGAGAUGAUUGACAGAUACCUGUCACUCGGGGACCACGACCGUAAGCGCCUGGAGGACGAUGAGGACAGGCUGCUAGCUACUCUACUGCACAAUAUGAUCGCCUACAUGCUAAUGGUUAAGUUGAACAAGAAUGACAUCAGGAAGAAGGUGAGGCGUCUGAUGGGGAAGUCCCACAUCGGCCUCAGCCACAGCCAGGAGAUCAACGAGUGUCUGGACAAACUGGCUAAUUUGAAUGGCCGCGAGCUGUCCAUCAGACCUAGCGGAAGCCGUCACAUCAAGAAGCAGACCUUCGUGGUGCAUGCUGGGACAGAUACCACAGGGGACAUCUUCUUCAUGGAGGUGUGUGACGACUGCAUAGUCCUGCGCAGCAACAUCGGCACAGUGUAUGAGCGCUGGUGGUACGAGAAGCUCAUUAACAUGACCUAUUGCCCCAAGACCAAGGUGCUGUGUCUGUGGAGACGCAAUGGCCAGGAGACCCAACUCAACAAGUUCUACACCAAGAAGUGUCGCGAAUUGUAUUACUGUGUGAAGGACAGCAUGGAAAGGGCUGCUGCACGACAGCAGAGCAUUAAACCAGGUCCAGAGCUGGGUGGAGAGUUCCCUGUGCAGGACAUGAAGACAGGCGAGGGAGGACUGCUGCAAGUUACCCUGGAAGGCAUCAACCUCAAAUUCAUGCACAGCCAGGAGCGGAAGGUUUUCAUAGAGCUGAAUCACAUUAAAAAGUGCAAUACUGUGAAGGGAGUCUUUGUCCUGGAGGAAUUUGUUCCUGAAACUAAAGAAGUGGUGAUCCACAAGUACAAGACACCCAUGGCACACCAGAUCUGUUACUCCGUCCUCUGCCUUUUCUCUUACGUGGCUGCGGUGAAGGGGAAGGAAGCAGAAGGCAAGCCCAAGCUCCUAUCUCCAAGAUCCCUGCCCAGCUAGUCUACGACCCCUCCAAUCUACACCCCCCCCAAAAAAAAGAAAACCUCCUCUGUGCCUCUCACUCUGCAACAACGUGGAAUCUCGGUCCUACUAUGACAUUGAGUUCUGACAAUCCCUGACCUACUUAAGCACACACCUCUUUGCGCCCUAUAAGUACAUUCCCAAGAAAUACCCUCUACUCUUUGCGCCCUGCCUUGUAAGUAAAAUCCCUAUGAUAUAGAUAUAUACACACACGUGAACCCUGGUCUGUGGCAUCGUGCAUACACCCUUCAACCUUGGUCACGUCCUCUAAGCUCCUCCCAUACAGGCCCAGCCUGAGGCCUUGGCCAUAAGCUUGCUUGUUCUUCAAGGGGAGACUGGGUCCGUCCGUCCCCCUUCUCUGUCCCCUCUUUGUGACUGUCCUUCUCUCAUCCUGGCCUGCUGCCAAGGUCUCAUUGGUUGUUUUUAAUGGGAUGGAGACAGCGACGGGGAGGGAUAUGUGAGGCACAGCCCUGCAAGUCGAUAAGAAAGCAACCAACCUCCCUGUCCACUCUCUGCUCCACUCCCUAUGACUGUGUGAUGAAUAUUCUAUGUGCUACGUGGUACUACUGUAAAACUCCAGUCUGUCCAAGUCCAAACCGGUGAAACUUUUAAAAAGCACUCUAGUACUGACGGGUGUCACUUUGUUAAAUGCUAGUACUGUAUGGUGCAUCAAACACUGCAUGUAAAAGCUUUUUAAAGGUUUCAUUCCUUUUGAUCCCAAAAUAGCUUGUGUGGUCCAAGAUGCUUGUAUCUCUUUAGCUUCCCCUGUGAGGCUAAACUACUGUAGUAGUUCUGUCAAAUUUUUUGUCUGUGGUCCUCUUUAUUGAAUUGCAUGUUACAAAUAUUGCAAAAUAUUUUAAAAGAGAAGCAGAAUGCUGUACAUUUAUUUCACCAUAAGAAAAUGUUUUACAAAGUGUGGUUUAUUCACUAGAUGUGCAAUACUUUACGUAGUUAGCCAGAGCCAGAUCAUUGUUCUGAUAAAAAAUCUUGGCUAUUCUGGCUUUCAAAGAGCAAAGAAUGUAAAAAAAAAAAAAAAAGGACUUCAUUGUCUUACAUAUUUAUUGAAGUAAAUAAAUAUGAUGAUCUAUUGUUUAUAAGUCUGAAAUCAGUAUUUGGAGAUUCUAGAGAUGUGUAAACCUACUGCUGUGCUGUCGAGCCCUGCUGUUAUGGUUUUAUCCGUUAGGGAGGUGUGUUAAGUCUUCAUGUUGUGUCUGUAUUGUAGUAAGAUAAAUAAAUCCUAUCUAGCCCCAUUUCAGCCCAACUGUAAGUCCCACAGUUUGAGUGUGUGUAUACAUGCAGUGUAUUGUUUUGCCAGAUCAGCAAUAUAUGAAUAAUUCAGCUAUAUGAUCAGGAUAUAGUUUUUAAUGUUUAUGUGGCUUUUAUUUUUUAAAGAUGAAAUGCGUGUGUAAGGAACAUAUUGUUACAACUUCCAUCAGGCAAUUAUUUAAGGCAUUUCAUUCUUGACAAUAAAAACACUGGUGUAAAUAUGAGAGUAAUUGGAUGAGGAGUGCCUCAAAACAGUUUGAAGACGGUAACAGAACAUAAGGUAUAGUUUGUUAGACUAGUUACAUAUGAGAACAUUAAGAAACAGGAGUAUUUGAAACCAACCAACCCUAUUAUUGUGCUAGCUAGCCUGCUGCUGAGAGAGAAAGUGAUGGAAUAAUUGAAAUGGGUGUAAAUAUUUCAGUGUUUGAAAAAAGUAUUUAUAGAACAUGUACAGCUUUGGCAAUAUCAAAAUAAAAGUUGUCAAAACUGAAGCCCUCCA